UGUCUUGUUCCAUAACAAAGUAGAAUAAACAACUUGAAAAAGUCAAGCAAAAUGACAAAACAUGACUAUACUAUGAUACUAUCAUAACUCUCUUUUUCAUUUUCAUACUCCCAACCAAAUCAUCACCUUCUUGAAAUUACAUUCUUUUUUGUAACGCACGCCUGUAACUAAUCAACUCACAUAAUCAUAUAUACUAACACUUUAUCUUUCCUCAUUCUUCAAGAUUUUCAAAACCCACCAAAACCCAUUUGCAAUUUCUCUGUUGGGUAAGUUUUAUUUUCCGGCGAGUUGCCGGAAUAAGUGAAUUCCGGCAUGGCAAAUAAUCCGGCAGAAGGGUACCCGGAUGAUUUUCUUGAGCAAAUUCUUGCGAUUCCGGCGUAUAGUGGCUUGGCCGGAAAUGAUGGGAGUUCGUCGGAUAAUUCUCAGUUGACUGCCGCCGGUCAGCUUGGCUCCGGCGCCGGUGUGAUACAGCAGCCGUUUUUUCCAUUGGGUUUGAGCUUGGAUAAUGGCCAGCAUGAAAGAGUGUCAGUAAACAUGGGGAGUUUGUUUCCGGCGUUUGAACAUUUACAGCCUCAGUCUAUUCGUCAUACGGUUCCUCAGAUACAUCAGGCUUUUCAAGGCCAAACAACGACAAGCACAGCAGUCACUGUGCCACACCCUCCCAACAUGCGUCCAAGAGUACGUGCUCGGCGAGGACAAGCGACGGAUCCCCAUAGUAUUGCUGAACGGUUACGUAGAGAAAGAAUUGCAGAGCGGAUGAGGGCCUUGCAGGAUCUUGUUCCCAGCUGUAACAAGACUGAUAAGGCUGCAAUGCUUGAUGAAAUUUUGGACUAUGUAAAGUUCUUGAGACUUCAAGUGAAGGUUCUGAGCAUGAGUAGGUUGGGUGGAGCUGGUGCUGUGGCACAACUUGUAGCUGACAUUCCACUGCAGUCAGUAGAGGGAGGCAUAACUGAAACUGGAAGGAACCAGCCUAUCUGGGAGAACUGGUCGAACGACGACACAGAACAAGAAGUAGCUAAGCUCAUGGAGGAAGAUGUUGGGGCAGCCAUGCAAUUUCUCCAAUCAAAAGCAUUGUGUAUUAUGCCUAUAUCACUUGCUGCACUAAUAUAUCCUACAAACCAACCAGACAUCUCAACACUUGUGAAACCUGAACCACCUGCACCGUCAUAGACAUCAAGUAAGUUGCACGUGCCUAUGACAACUCCCAGAACCCUUGCAUCUCUCACUUUCUCAUAUAAUCAUAUUCUUAAGCAGUAUCUGUCUUUCCUCAUCGAAGUGCGUCAGUCAAACUAAACGCCAUGGUUUUUUUUACUUUUCCUGUUUGUUUUAACUGUGCGAUCUUUUUAAUUUCUAUAAAACAAGCCCUGAUGUCAUAUCUUGAAGAACCAAAAUUUAUGCAUGAUACUACCUCAACACUGCUCUACUCUCAAGGGACUGAUAUGUUCAAGUCUUCAAGAUGUGCAAUGCUGCCUCCUUUGUUAGGUGAAUCUUUGUAAUUUGUCUUCUGGGAUACUGUAAUCUAGAUGGAACAAUAUAUGUGUGUAAAGUUAUUAUAGUAAAAUGCUUUAAAUGGAUAAUGAAAGGUGUCUUUUUCGACAAA